AAAUACCCUGAAGUCCUGCGGAAGCGCGCAGUGAGGAGGAGAGUGACAGAUUAUUUAAAGCUUCACCGCGGAUGUGGAUCCCGCCCUCACUCUCUCCAAUCACGAGCUGCUGGAGCUCAGAUCUUCACUGUGAGGUGGACUCGUCUGGUAUCGGCUGCAGUCUCGGUCCAGCAGCGAUGCAGCUUGCAGAGUCCAGGACCUCCUACCAGCUACCGCAGGUGUCCCGGCGUCGGAUCGGCCACAAUGAGCGCAGGGGAAGUUCCGAAUCGGAGCACGGCGUGGAAGUUUACCAUCGACAACAUACUGAACCUGAAGAACCGUGUGGGAACAUGGGAGCAGGAGCACCGGGAGCAGCGGGAGCGCCGGGACAGACAGGAGUGUGACGUUCAUCCGCGGCUGGGAAAAGAGUGGGACGGGAGGAAGCGCGAGCAGUCAGCCCAGAAACACAGUCACGGGGCUCUCUCCUCCCCCCGGACAGAACGCUCGUCGGCAGCCAGCGACGGGGGCGAGGGCCCGGAUCCUCAGGCCCAGUCGGAGCCCAAACCCACAGCGAAGAAGAAGACCCGCACCAUCUUCUCCAAGAGACAAAUCUUUCAGCUGGAGGCCACCUUUGACGUGAAGCGGUACCUGAGCAGUUCGGAGAGAGCGUGUCUGGCCAACUCCCUGCAGCUGACGGAGACCCAGGUCAAGAUCUGGUUCCAGAACCGACGCAAUAAGCUGAAGAGACAGUUGUCCUGCUCGGAUAUGGAGCCGCCUCUUGUUCCGGAGAAGCUCUCGGACGCCGGGAAUAACAUUCACUUGCCGCCUUUUUACAAAGACAGCAGUCAGCUGGGAGGAUAUUUGGUGCCGGUGUCGUUUCCGGUUCUUUAUCCCGCCGCCAACUCAUCGCCUUAUAUGUAUUUAGCCAACACUGGUAAAUAUUUCGGAGUGCUCGAAGGAGACUAAAGGUUUUGUCUUUCUAGCCUGUCCCUUUCCAUUUUCUUAACUCGAUUUUUGUCCAGAACAUAUUAUUAUUAUUAUUAUUAUUAUUAUUAUUAUUAUUAUUAUUAUUAUUAUUAUUAUUAUUAUUAUUAUUAUUGUAUGUUUAUUUUCUUUACAAUCCUUUCUUUUAUUAUGAAUGAUGGUAUUUUGAAGCACUUGUCCAUGUUUUAUAGACUUAUUGUGAAACUUUUAAUUCAGUCACGAUAACGUGGCGACUAUGAAUUUUACAAUAAAACAUGCAACGUGUUUAAAAUCCUGCAAUCCUUUUUACCUCUCGUAAUAACUGUGUAUUAGACAUGUACCAGAAAUAAUACUAGGCUUUUUAACACAGCAAGGUCACACACACAUCACAUGUAUUAAUUUUAAAUUAUUUAAAUUCAAGUUUGAAAGAUUGUCUGCCAUCAUAGUGUUUACCUUCGGCCUGAAGAAAGGAUGAAUGAAUAUGGGCAAACUUGAAAAGCAAAUAUAACUUAUCAUCACUGAGAAGAAGUCAAGUUCAGGUGACAGAACGGAACAGAGACGCUGCAUGCACCAUUGGGGUUCUGUUCUCCAUCUUCAGGUUCAACGUCCUCACACUUGAUACCAAACAACCAAUACAUUUUUGUGAAUGUUGGAAACAUAUUUUAAAAAGUGGCAUUGGAUUCAAGAAAAAUAUGGGAUAUAUAUUUAAUAUUGAACAUUUGUUUGUUGGACAUGGUUUUUAACUGUUGACUAAUAUGGCACCUCACAGGGACUGGAUGAGUGUUGUUUAGUGGACAUUUAGCUACCAAAAUUGUUGACCUGUUCACGCUCUAACGUCCUGGGUAGGUGGUCAAUCAGACGGGAGUGGACAGCCCAGCCAGUGCCCAGUAUUUACCUGUGUUGAGCCUGAUGCUAGAAACUGCAAUAGAGGUAAUAGAGGUCAAUAAUAGAGGUAAUGAAUUUGAUCAUGGCAUAGACUGGAUUGACACCGAUGAAAUGUAUUUUCAAGCAACAUCAUUGCAAUGAAAG